AUGGAUAUUUUAUUGUAUUCAGUAGUUAUUGCUGUUGUUGUGUGUUUCGUAACUGUUAUACUGUAUUGGUUGUCAGUCAGAAAGAGACUUAAAAACGUGUUGUUUAUUGGUGCUUGUGAUUCAGGGAAAACAACUCUUUUCUCAUCUAUUGUAUAUGGAAAUCCAUCUUCCACUUUUACAUCUCUCAAUGAGAAUGUUGGAAAUCUACAAAUAGAUAAAAAGUCUCUUGUUCUUGUAGAUGUUCCUGGUCAUGAUAAAGUUCGAAACGAGAUAAUUCACAAAUAUAAAUUGGAGACUUUGGCAUUGGUAUUUGUCAUAGAUUCAAAGUCUAUUCAGAGUGACGUAAAAGAUGUUGCUGAGUUUUUGUACAAUAUACUUGUGGAUAAGGUCUUUAUAAAGAAUCGCGUAAAAUUACUAGUAGCUUGUAAUAAACAAGAUGCUACCACGGCAAAAGGUGUCAGUGUAGUAACUCAUUUACUUGAAAAAGAAUUCGUUUGAAAGCUUUUGUGAUUGAAUAAUAUCAUGCUGUAAGCAAAGAAGUUCUGGAGAAGAUCGACACCAUCAAAUAAGUAGUUCAGAAUCUUUCGAAUUACAGGUCACCCCAAUAUUUUAUUUAGAUAUUUGGGACAUGGGUUCUACACAUCCCUCUAAAUUUGUACUACAAAGCUUCAGCUAAACAUGCUAUGACAGUACGAAGCUUUCCAUAGGCUAUUAGGUAUUAAUUCAGUUCGCCAUAGAAGAUAUAGUUUGCACACCAUGAAUAAAAUGUUGUUGAUUAAGUGACUUUUUUCAUUGUAUGACUUGGUAGAGAUAUUGAUUGGAGCUCUUUUCUAAAUUACGCUCAACAACAUAAGUGCCGAAUUAUCCGCCACUUUUUGUCCUCAGAUAUCCACCUUUGUUGUCAUUGUGAUUGUGGUACAAUAUCGUAUUUCAAACCAUAAGUUUCAGUGUAGAAGACAGAGGUAGAAUGAUGUCAGGUAGUCAUUGCAGUCCUAAAUAUCCAUCUCAUAAUAAUUCACAUUUAUCUUCAAAAGUUGUCGAAUAUUAAUGCAGUCAUGCUCACCAGAUUACACUUGGUCAAUAUCACACUUAGGCUUACAUCAUUAUAGAGUUUUCAUGUGAUUUAAUCAGUUUUAUAAUCUUUGAUGCAGACGACUGUAAUAAUUCGGUAUUGCACGGCUUAAGCACAUUUUCCCCGGUCGGGCCCAAACAGACUGGUGGUUAUCACUUUAUGCUUUAUGUUAACUAAACCACCUUCUGGAGAUCUACCCAUUCUGUUCAGGUUAGAGUUCAAAUAAUCAAACAAAGUAGUUAGUGUAUUUUGGGAAUUAGUAGUUCAGUAGUAAGGGUAAAAGGUCUAUUGAAUUAUAUUAAUCCUUGCAGUUUGUAGCAAUGUGCAGGUCCAAUCUCGUUUUGAAUAUAUCGACAUAAGGUGCUGAUAUUAAGUGUUCUGGUGGAGAAUUGAAGUUAUUUACUAUUCGCUAAGAAAAACAAAACUUCAGACGUAGACGAUUUGAUCUCGGUUUUUGAACUACCUUCGAAUGUCCUCUCAAACGAUCAGUCAUAGACGUAAGGGAAAUAUAAUACAUAUACCAAGGUCAUCAUUCAGUAUACGGUAAGCCAAUAUUAGAUCAUUCCGUAAUCUACGGAAAGAUAACAGAAAUAAGUUGAGGUAUCUCAAUCUGUCUUCUUAAGAUAGGGCAGAGAGACCUUUUACCAUUUUAGUCCCUUGUCUUAGGACUUGUUCCGACAUGUCCGCCCCAUACUUGAAACAAGGACUCGCUGCUUGA